AUGUCCAUAGAAUAUACCUCAACAGAACAAAAAGUUUCUUCUACCUUGCCAAGCCUUGACAUAACAAGACAAGAACCAAAACUUGACUCUUCUCUCUCCUCCUCCACCACAACUCAACAUGCACAAAAUAAAAGAGACCAGGGAUUAAAGAAUGUAGUGGUUGGCUCGAUCUCGGGAAUGACGGGAAAAAUAGUAGAAUAUCCAUUUGAUACUGUAAAAGUACGAUUACAAUCUCAGCCGAUACCUUUCAAAGGUCCACUAGACUGUUUUCGACAAACGUAUCGAAAUGAAGGGUUUCUAGGAUUUUAUAAGGGCCUCUCAGCACCAAUGUUAGGCGCGAUGAUAGAAAAUGCCGUAAUAUUCGCCUCCUAUAACCAGAUACAAAUGAUGAUUCGAGAGUACAAGACGCCGAAACACGAGCAUCACUUGAUCUAUGAAAUGGAUUUAGAGAAAUCACCGCUCGAAUUACGCGAAUUGUUUUUUGCUGGUGCAAUUGCGGGUACAUUAGCAUCUUUUCUCUUAACUCCAAUAGAAUUGAUAAAGUGUAAAUUGCAAAAUCUGAUUUCGGCCGCCCUAAAAACAAAAACACUAGCACAAACGACAAAUCCCCCUAAAUUCACUGGCCCAAUUUCUGUAAUUCGACACACGCUAGAAGAAAAAGGUAUAUCCGGAUUUUUUCGAGGGACACUUGCAACGAUGUUACGUGAAACUAUUGGGUGUGGUUUUUGGUUCGGCACGUAUGAAUAUGUAUCACAAUUUUUUAUUCGGCAUAAACAGAGUAAGUUAUCGGGUCCUAUUCAUAACGAUGUAGUCAUUACAAAAUCCGAUUUGAAUCCGUUGCAUUUAAUGACUGCUGGUGCUUUGGCUGGGAUUGGGUAUAAUGUUUCGUCAUUUCCUGCUGAUUCGAUAAAAAGUGUAAUGCAGACCGAGGAGGAAAUGAACAAAAUAAAGAGAACAUUCUUUCAAGUUGGAAAGGAUAUUUAUAAAGAACACGGAAUUCCGGGGUUUUAUCGCGGAUGUGGAAUGACCGCGUUACGCGCGGCUCCGUCAAAUGCAAUAAUCUUCAUGACUUAUGUAAGAUGA